AAAAAACAACAAACCAAAACCAUCGACGAUGAAGCCAUCCAAGCUCCCCCAACCUCAGACGUUCCUCAAGAGCUACCACAACCUGCAACUGGGUCUGACCAUCCCAAGCCGACUAUCGAUCUCUCACUCAAUCUUAUAUCAUCCCCCAGCUCAAGCUGUACUACAAAUUAGAACCUCCCGUCUACCGAUCACUCGAACAUAUCUUAACCAGCCACUCUCAACCUGUCACUACUUCAGUUCCACCCCGACAACACUCAGCCAAUCAUCGUCCAAGACUCGCACCUUACAACCAUUCCUGCUGGCUGAUAUUGGCGAAGGCAUCACAGGAUGUGAAAUCGUCAAAUGGCUAGUUACACCAGGUCAAACGGUGGCAGAAUUCGAUCCAAUAGCUGAAGUUCAGUCUGAUAAAGCGACCGUUGAAAUCACAAGUCCAUACGACGGCAUAGUCGAAAGUUUGGUGGGUCAAACCGGACAGGUCGUCAAGGUUGGAGAACCACUCUGUAUGAUCCUGGUGGACUCUGAACCAGUACUACAACAACCAUCCCCACCUGAAAACUAUCAAGAGCAAGAACAAGAUCAAUUCGAUAGCUUGGUCAAAACGAAAGCAAAACAAAUCAAAGAGGACCACUCGGUAGCACACGAUCAUCCACUCUCAGCUUCGAAUCAGGAUGAUCAAAGGGUUCAGGUACAUUCCACUCCCGCCGUCCGCAGAUUGGCUCGUGAGCAUCAGUUGGAUAUUACCACCAUCAGAGGUACUGGGAAAGAAGGGCGAGUGACGAAAGAGGACGUGAUCAACCAUUUGGGGCAGGUCACUGAUUCAACUUCAAGCCAACAGGCAGGAAGAACGCUGACUGAAGAACCAAGCCAACCUCCAAUGAAAACUUCUCGAGUCCUCAAAGAACCCUUUGGGGCCGUAAGACAGGCCAUGUUCAGAGGAUUGACCCAAUCACUGCGGAUCCCACAUUUUGGUUAUUACGAUCAAGUCGAUGUGACCGAACUAGAGAGACUUCGACAAGCACUCGUCAAAAACCAUCCCAACUCUCGAAUCACUUUACUCAGUUUAUUUACCAAGAUCCUAGGAAAGGCGAUGAUCAAAAACGAACUGUUUAGAUCGACACUAUCCAACGACGAUCCGCCUCAAUUCAUCAAGCGGCAAAGCUGUGAUAUCUCGAUAGCCGUCGAUAGUCCGGCGGGUCUAUUGACCCCUCUGAUUCCUUCAGUCGAGUCGAAAUCUGUCCUCGAAAUCGCAGAUCAUAUCACCCGUCUUCGUCAGUUUAUCAGUCAGUCUUCUCCUGAUAAAAUCCCACGAAUCCCCGACGAAUUGGGUGGUAACCGAUCGGGUACUUUAACGAUUAGCAAUAUUGGAAUCAUCGGUGGUACUUAUACACACCCGGUGAUUCCGCCCACUGGACAGCUGGCGAUUGGCGCGAUAGGCUCGAUCAAAGUGCGACCAGAGUACGCAGCGAGCGACAAAGAACUAGCCAAGGCGUAUGCGAUCGACCCUCAUUCGGCCCCAACUCCUGAGUUUAGAAUCGAGCCGAGGUUGAUCGUCGAGGUCUCCUUUACCGCCGAUCAUCGGGCCGUCGAAGGCGUCGAAUUGGCUCGAUUGGUCCAGACUUUUAAGCAGUAUUGUCAAGCUCCCAGCCUUCUACUCGCUGAACUUGUUUGAAUCCCCCCCCCCCCUUUCACUUUGGUUCCUCUCUAGCAUGUAUAUGAUAUUGUAAAGUUAAACUGGUCUAUACGCAUAUUUAUAUAUUGACCAUCUGGCUACACAGGCACUUUCUGUAAAUGCUGUUUUAUCUACGUUUUUUGUUCCAUGAUAAGUCGAUUCCUGUGUUUUUAUAUGUAUUAAUCCCGCAAUAACAAUGCAAUCAUGAGUAGUCCAUUAAGUGUUGUC